AUGUCUGCCGAACUUGAAAAAGAUCUCUUUUGGGAGAGUAGCAUCUUCGGCAUCCUCUACAAGCAGCUCUUCGUCCACCCAAAACCACUCCCCAUCAAAGUGUCACUCAGCGGGAAUACGGCCGUUAUCACCGGUUCUAAUAGCGGAAUCGGCUUUGAAGCAUGCAGACAACUUCUGCAGAUUGGCUUGUCGCGUCUAAUUGUGGCCGUGCGCUCACAGGCAUCUGGAGACACCGCCGCCAAAAAGCUGCGCAUGGAAUUUCCCGAUGUCGAUAUAAAAGUUUGGUUGCUGGAUAUGGCAGAGUAUGACUCCAUUGUUGCCUUUGUCAGACAGUGCCGGAGCCUAGAUCGCAUCGACUACAUUAUCCUAAACGCCGCCAUGCAGAGCAGCACAUUCAGGAGGCAUACUACGACGGGUCACGAACUGGUCUUCCAGAUCGACUACAUCUCCACCGUCCUUCUAUGUGUGCUACUUGCAUUAAUGUUGAAGGACAGGGUUCAUGCGGGAACAAUCACCAAACCGCCUGUUCUUACCAUCGUUGGGUCCGACACCAUGUACCUCAGCACCUUUUCAGCGGCUGAACCUGUUUUUCCCCGUAUGGACAAUCCGACGGGUUACAGUCGAAUGAAGCAGUACAUGGAUUCAAAGUUGCUGCUUAUGGUGUUUAUCCGCAGGCUGGCUCAACAGAUCAACCCUGACGAUGUGAUUAUCAACGUCUGUAACCCAGGUAUGGUCGCUGGAACGGGUCUAGGAAGAAACGGAAGCCCCAAUCCCGGUUUCGUGGAGAAAUAUGCGAUUCCUCUUUUUGCCAGGGCUUUGGGACGUAAGGUCCAGUCUGGGGCAAGCGUUUAUAUCCAUGCACUUUUAGGUGAGGGCAAGAGAGGUCAUGGUAGUUUCAUCAGUGACUGGACCAUCAAGCCAUACGCUCGGUUGCUAUAUGCUAAGGAGGGUCAAGUCUUGAGCGAGCGUCUGUGGCAUGAGACGAUGGAAGAGCUUAAAUUUGCGUCAGAUCAUGGUAUUGAGAAGCUGUUUGUGUAG